CGAACGUCAAACGACAGCAGGCCUUUUUCAAACUUCCGUGUGGCUGCGAUAGAACGCAUUGUUGCGAGUAUGGCUCCGUCACGAAAGAACAAAGUUGUGAAGGAGGAAGUGCAGGUGUCCCUAGGGCCACAGGUACGGGAUGGUGAAAUCGUUUUUGGCGUGGCCCACAUCUACGCCAGCUUUAACGAUACUUUUGUCCACGUAACGGAUCUGUCGGGAAAGGAAACGAUUUCCCGGGUGACCGGUGGUAUGAAGGUGAAGGCCGAUCGUGACGAAGCCUCACCCUACGCCGCUAUGCUGGCCGCUCAGGAUGUAGCUGAAAAGUGUAAAUCGCUCGGCAUAACCGCGCUGCACAUCAAGUUGCGUGCUACAGGUGGUAAUCGAACGAAAACCCCUGGUCCUGGAGCACAGUCGGCUUUACGUGCGUUGGCUCGUUCGUCGAUGAAGAUUGGACGCAUCGAAGACGUUACUCCAAUCCCGUCUGAUUCCACCCGUCGGAAGGGCGGUCGUCGUGGUCGCCGACUGUAAGACCUGUGCAUACCUUUACCCUUUCCUCGGGUUUCAUGUGAAUCUUUACUUGAUCGUGAUCACUUAGCGUGUGCACUGCAGUCUAAUAAAACCGUGAUUAGUUACACACAAAGCUGGUUGUUUCGUUCUCAGUUUUAGGUUACACGCUAUCAAGAAUCAUGUUUCAGUGAAAGUGAUGGUGAAGAAUGCAAUGCAAGAAAUCGCAGAAGGCAAUAUCAAAUACCAAUCAACAAUCAAUCAAUCAAUCAUCGAUCAGUCUUGUCUAAUGCUAAUGCCUCCAAGUCUUUUUCUAAUAUUAAUCGCAAAAUUUUGUUUUCUGCCAAUCAAUUGCAUGCGAUACGGUCGAUACAAAGUUCGUCAACCCUAGACCUUAUUGUAAAGUGCAUGUUUAACGCUCCACUUAGUUUAGGUUUCUGGUACUUUUGGCCGUAAGUUAAUUUGAACCGCGAAAAUAAGUAUUUAUCUACACCCACACCAUGUCUUAGCAAUGAAGCGUCGUUAAGAUAAAGAUGUUGACGACAGAGUGAUGGGCUGAUAACGCAGUAACUUACAUCUUCAACGAAACUAUUGUAUUUCGACUGAAGAACUAUUGUUCUACACACAUUUCCAAUGUCAUGCUUCUAAGUUCUCAGCGUGUCCUUUUCGAAUACCCAUCGGAAGUUUUCGGAGUAUUACUGUGUGGUACGGAAAACAAUUUGACACAUAGUUUCAUCGGUUUUUGUUUUAUUGUUGAUUUAUUUUGCAAAAUCGUCAAGGCAAUAGAUCCCUUGUUUGACUUGUUCUGUGUUGAUGCAAACGAAUGUAAAAUAUAAAACUUUAUAGAAGAAUAAAGAAAGAUGGACAAAAUAAAGAUAAGUGUGCCAGAUUUGAUAAAUCUUCAACAAAAAAAAAACAAAAAAUCGAAGGGAGGAUUAGAAAGGUUUUUAUGCCGAAUUGGCGUUUGGUC